UAGCUGGACUUUAAGCCUCUCUCCUGCUGGGGGUGGGGCCAGGCACUCAAACAGCAUAAAACCCCAAACAGAUGGGUCUGGUGUGGGCACAGGCCUGGCGUGGCCCUCUGGCUCCUCGGCCCUUGCCAGCUCCAUGGCCAGCCCUGUGGAAGCAUCUCCAGCAGGCCAUGCCAGUGGGUUCGGUCCCCACCGGAGAAAGAGAAUCACAUUUAGCGUUGGGCAGCUGCUGGAGUUGGAGCGGGUGUUUGCAGCACGACCCUAUCCUGACAUUGGUACCCGUGAACACCUUGCCCGACUCACUUGCCUACCGGAGGCCAAGAUACAGGUGUGGUUCCAGAACCGCCGGGCCAAGAAAAUCAAGAACAGAAAUCCAGGAGGCCUAAGUCCCAGGCCUCAGCCUCCCCAGAGCUGCUGUUCUCUUCCAGAUACCCCCCAGCAGCCCUGGACACCCCCAACGCUGGUCCAGCCUCCACCUGCCACCAGCACAGCUCAGUGCACCUCGGUGUGUUCACAGGCCUUGUGUGUAGCUCCCAGCUUGGGUCUAGGUCAGGGCUGGGCAGUGAUGAAAGCUGUAGCCCCACGGGGACCUGCUGAGGUCUCAGGGGUCCACCCUUCUUUGGAGCAAGCUACUCCUCAAACCUCCUUGGGCAGCCUAUCUGACCUUAUUUAUGCCUCAGCUGUUGUCACCAAUGCAGACCACUCCUGAUCCAGGUCCAGAAUUUCCAAGACCUCUCCUCUGGCUCUUACAGUCCAUCCAGCCCACUUAGGACUGAACACAUCAGAACUGGAUCCCCUGCCCUCUUCUUUUACAUAAAGAAAAACUCUAAUGGGAAGAGUUUAGUUUCGGGACCCCUCCCUUCCACUUCCAGGCCAACUCAGACGCAGGUCCUCGGCAGUGACUGCAGCAUGGUACUUGCUACCCAGCACCCUGGACCCUCCUAGGGCAUAUCAAUUGUCUUGACAGUACCAUCAGGAUGAGUUAAGGAGUCAUGUUUCCCAUCUCUCCUGCUAGGACCUGCCCCCAGUUCUCACCACAGAGAUGACCUCCUCCCUCUGAUGGGGCAGCCAUCUGUCUGACCAGGGCCCUUUAGGCCAUUACCUAAAUGCCUGCUAUGCAUGCUAGGGGAAGAGGGCUGCUCCUACUCUUGAUUGCUGGAAACCCACCUUUUUAUGGUUCAGGGGCCCCUCAUCUCCUACCUCCUGGACAAAUUAAUCAUAACUAUGGACCUGAAGAGGGAACGAUAUUAAAGUAAUAAAAGUAGAAAAGGAC